AUGGCGGGUCGGGGAGGGAUGGGGGACAGAAGAGAGUGGAGGGCGUCUCAGGCUGGGUCGGGGGAUAGAUGCUAUAAGCCACCGCCCCCAUGGCCCACCACAAGAAGCCGUUCUCUGCGAAGAGGCGCAAGGAGCAGCUCCAGCUCAAGCGCGCAGUCAAGCGCGGCGAGGCCGAGCCCCCGCCCAAGCUCGACCGCCACGGCCGCCUCAGAAAACCCCACACGGCUGGGCAGCGCGUCCGAAUCUCAGCCUGCCGCGGACGCGUCCCGCCGCCUCCAAUCAUCCUUCGUUAAACUAUCCGCCGACUUCCUGAACGAUACCCGCACACUUGCGUCCGACCUCGCGCUCACUAGGCCGAUCCCGCCCCAGGCCGCGAUCUGGCCAGAGCGAUCCUGGCGGUAUGACAUGUCGAAGAAGGAGGUCGAGGCGAACGAGGAAGGCCUCUUCAGAAAGUGGCUUGCGCAGACCGAUGAUGCUGUCAAUCACCGGGCUACUGCAAUCAGCCAGCCGGAUCCCGACCACCCCGCCCCCGCAGCCAAGAUGCCCAGCGCACCCACGUCCUUCGAGCGCAACCUCGAGGUCUGGCGGCAGCUUUGGCGCGUGACCGAGAUCUCCCAGAUCCUCCUCAUCCUCCUCGAUGCUCGCUGUCCCCUCCUGCACUACCCGCCUGCUCUAUCUUCUUACCUCGCUGGCCUCCCCUAUGCUUCGCGCAGGCGCGUUGUGCUGGUUCUCACAAAGGUCGACAUCGUAGGCCCCGCACGCGCCGAUGCGUGGGCCGCGUAUCUGCGCGAACAGUACCCAGGCACGCGCGUCGUCCAAGUCGAGUCGUACACCGUCUCGGACGGCGAACCUGCCCCCGCGCAGGGAAAGAGGGCACCGGAAUCGCGCCUCUCUUCCGUCUUCCGCCAUACGCUCGUCGAGACGCUCAAGGACGCGCACGCGGAACUCCUCACGCCGCCCGAGGACGUGAGGAGCGACGCGGAGAAGCUCGCGCGGUGGAGGCCCCGCGUGCGGCGCGAGGUUGACUGGAAGGCUGUCCUCGAGGCAGAGGGCGAGCGCGUAGGGAGUGUUGUCGGCGGGACGGCGGCGCCUCGCUCGGCCACUCAUCCACAGGAAGAGCACAACAGAUUGAAACAGGGAAAGCCCACCAAUCAAGGCGGAGAUGCCGUGGCACCGGAGUUCCUAACAAUUGGCCUCAUAGGCCAGCCAAACGUAGGGAAGUCAUCCCUGUUAAACGCGCUCUUCGGCCAACACAAGGUGAAGGCGUCUCGGACGCCGGGCAAGACGAAGUAUUUCCAGACGCUCUUCUGGACGCCCGAGGUGCGCCUCGUCGAUUGUCCUGGGCUGGUCAUGCCUAGCUUCGUCCCCAUGGAGACUCAGGUCCUCUCCGCAAUCCUGCCCAUCUCGCGCGUCUCCGCCGCGGCCCUCUGCACGUACCACGCCGCGCAGCUCCUCCCGCUCGAGCGUGUCUUCCAGCUCACGCAGCCCACGCUCGCCUCCCCGCUGCCCGAGGACCGCCGGACGUGGCGCGCCGGGAUGCGCCCGCGCACGGAGGCUGACGGCGAGGCGCAGGAGCGGGCGUGGACGGCGAUGGACGUGCUGACGGCGUACGCGCUCCGCAAGAGCUGGAUGACCGCGAAGGCGGGGCGGCCGGACGUCAGCCGCGCGGGGAACGCCAUCCUGCGCGCCCUCGCAGAGGCUCGGAUCCGCUGGGCGUUCUGGCCGCCGGGGACGGACCCGCACGUCGUGGAGGAGCACAUGGGGCGUCGAGGGUGCCGGAAUAUGGAUCCCUACUUCCGCUGAUCCUGAUCACGAUGUGGACAUGGAGAGCGAUGAUGACGCCGCGGCACAGUCGGAUCGCGAGGAGUCUGCCGCGGAGGAUGCAACGGAAGACGAAGAGGAGCUAGGAGACCCGACGCCAGCUGUCAGCGGUGCUUCCAGUCGGUUUGCAGCUUGACGAUGGAGGACGACUCGGAGUCAGAAGCGUCGGAUGACUGAGCCUGUUCUCGCAUCCAGUGUACUGCCAGUUACUCACGCGACACAUUGGCCCGGACUCGGGUACAACACUCCAUGUACUAUUAUAGACAAUCAAUGCAUACUUGGCACCGAAU